UGCGAACAGGCGGGACCGGGCUCGCGCGCGCUGUUAGAACCUACCUGUAGUUCCGUUGGAGAUCUGAGGUAAACUUUAUCGGGACAGGCUACGUAUAUACCCUUCAUGCUUUACAAUGUAUUGAGAAACAUACACGUACUCGUUAGUUGUAACCAAAGAGGUAUAUAGCAGGUAUACAUCUCCGGAGGGCGCCGUGAACCCUACCGAGUUCGGACCGCCCUGCACACGUUAGGGAGUGGCUAUACUCAGGUGUAAGCCCCGCUAUCAUGCUACCUUUACAACUAGCUCCAGAGGAACACUUGUGUGAAAGCAAUCGCGACCCCAUGGAGCGUUGAGCCUCUACUUGUUCCCAUAUGGACAAUGUAUCUGUACAGAACUUCACUCUCAAUAGCUGGUGUCACCAGCAGUGCUUGUGUUAUAUAUCCUUCUCAUUGCAAAUAAUUCUACAUAGUUAGACCAUCGGCCUAUUCGAUAUGGGAAGCAUUCAAAUGAACAAGAUGAAAAUUUCUAGAUGGUUAGAAUGAAACAUUUCUGUGAUUAAGAUGAAUAUCUUGCUUUUUUUCCACGUUUCAUUCACAUUUCUCUUCAGUUUUUGCACAUGUGGUAAUCAGAACCCUAUUCGAAGGACAAAAUACGGCAGAGUGCGCGGAUUUACGGAAACAGUUUACGACGGAAAAAAGGUGGAGAAAUACCUGGGAAUUCCCUACGCCAAGCCACCUAUCGGCGAGUUACGGUUCAUGCCCCCAGUCGUCCCAAAAACAUGGCACGAGGGAACCCUCAAUGCGAUAGAACUGGGCCCCGCCUGUCCCCAGCACAGCGGGGGUCUGGCAUACAUCGAGCUCCAUGUUCCGGGCUUCAACAAGACUAGCGAAGAUUGCUUAUAUCUCAACGUAUACACACCAAAGAAAGGACAUCAUUUUGCACACCCUCUGCCGGUACUCGUCUUUAUACACGGAGGCUCGUAUUACACGGGUAUGGGCGCCAUCUUCGAUGGAAGUGCUCUCGCGGCGCAAGACAUUGUGGUUGUUUCAAUCAACUACAGGAUUGGAGCGCUUGGUUUCCUUGCCACUGGUGAUGCCGACCUACCGGGGAACUAUGGGAUGCUGGAUAUCAUCGCCGCCCUGCAAUGGACACGGGACAACAUUGCUUAUUUCCAUGGCGACCCUGACCUCGUCACCAUAGACGGUCACAGCGCCGGCGGAUCCAGUGCAGGACUAGUAAUGAUGUCUCCGUUAGCUAAAGGGCUUUUCCGACGAGUUAUUCUUCAGAGUGGUUCCCCAUUGGCGCACUGGGCAGUAACUAGAUACCCGGGGGGACAAAGCGUGCACUUCAAGGUGUUCGCCUCGGCCUUCGAUUGUCUGUUUGAAGACUCAGCACAAAUCAAGAAAUGCCUACAGGCUGUUCCUUCAAAACGAAUGCACGCUUUCAUCGGACAGAAUCAUGACGCGUCCCCAUCGCUGUCCCCACAGUUCCGUCCGGUAGUGGACGGAUAUUUCAUGCCGGAUACUCCAGAAAGGAUGGCGGUCUCGGGAGACUUUGAAGUAGAGAGCGUCCUCACUGGUGCUACCAAGGACGAGGGGCUGAUUGCUGCUAUUCCAUUUAUCAAUGCUUUCGGCGGUCAAGGUCAAGGUCGUGCAAAGCUGUUGACCUUGAUGUACUGUUUUAGAGGAGACCUUCCGGAAAUACCUGGCAUUGUAGAUACCCUGUUGGAGCAUUACACCCAGUGGCCUUAUAUUACCUCAGACUCGUCUAUAAAGGACAGCUUCUCGGAGAUGGUAGGUGACUACUACAUAACAGCACCAACACACAGAAUAGCGUCACGUCUGUCCCAGCGCAAUACCACGGUCUACCUUUACAACUACGAGUACAAGUCGGUGUACGCGCUGUGGGACGGUGAGUACAAAGGGGUUGUCCACGGAGCGGAACUCUUCUACUUAUCAGGGUUUCCAAUGUCAGGUCACGUCAACUUCCGGUACAGUGAGAGCGACCGGAAAAUGUCCGAGACUCUGCUGUAUCUCUGGUCAAGUUUCGCGCGAAACGGGCUUCCGUCGUUGAUUCCGCAUAAACAGUUCUAUAUAGACAGAUACACCCCUAGUAGACCAGUGUUCGCGAGGAUUACGGCAGGAAAUCAAAGACCUCACAUAGAAAUGGAUAUUAAACUCAAGCCUGACAAAAUCUCUUUCUGGAAUGAAAAAGUUCCCGAGCUGUACCGUCAGAGGUAUGCCAAUAGACUCGUUGCCAAGGGAGACGUGAUGUCUCGUGAUUACGUCAUCAGUAGUGCCAACUCGUGGGCCCUGAUUGCGUCAUGCAUUGGCCUUUCGGUGUUGACUAUCCUUUUCUCUAUAGGUUACUGUAAAAGUAGGAGACGAAUCAAGAAAAUUCUACAGCACAACGGUGUACCAAUGUCAAACAGAAUUAUAUAGAACUAAUAAUUGAUAUACAUGAUAAAUUAAUAUAUAUAUGUUUUAUAUGAUCAUUCAUUACAAUGAAGUUGCCUUAGAAAUAAUAAUUCUUCGAACAAAUAAACGGGUCUCCAUAUUUCACUUUGUCCCAAACACUGGCCCAUUUUGUAUUUUCAUCAAUAUAAAAUUGUUCAUGUCAUUUAAAAAAAAAAUAUGGUCCAUUCCUCCAAAGUGUCAUAGAGUUCAUAAAACCCUUCGUAAAUUACUGAUUUUUUCCGAUAGAGGAGCCAAGAGAAUAAAGUAAACCUCGUCAUCUACUGGAAGUAUAUUGAGUGUACUAUUUUAGUUUUUCAUUGCAUUUCACAAUAUUUUAUCAAAUCAAUCAAAUUUAAAGGAAUUGGGCAACAGGCAAAGCCUAUACAAACCCUCCCUAAGAUUUUCUUUGGUUUAUCUUUAGCGCUCAUGGGUCAAUAGCCUAAGAAGUACUGCAAAAAAUAAUCAUGGAAGAGUAGACACAUCUUUUAGACAUAUUGUUAUAUAUUAAGAUACAUAUUUGGAGGAAGGAACCAUAUGUUACAUGUAUCGAGACCGUCCCAAACAUCGUAUUUGUAAAUAUACUUCAUACCAACGUCCAUUGUUCAGUAAAUCAUGUAUGUGGUUCAAUACACAAUGAAUUAUAUGGUUCAUUGCAUCAUAAUAUGUGUAGCAUGUAUUACAAUAUAACAUUUCUGGUUUAUGUUCCUGCCUUCAUGGUACAGAUAUUUGACUGAUUGGAUCUGUGAGAAAGAUGUGAAAUUGCCUGUUUGAUUCCUAGUGUAUUCUAUCUAACUGAUUGCAGAAAAGGAUGCACGAAAGGUUAAUUUGAUAAUUCAGAAUUUGAAAAUUACGAUCGGUUAUUACUCGAUGCCUUAUGUUGAUCCUCGAAUUAUUAUGUUUGUGUUUUUGCUAAUUUGAUGACUUUCUAUUCAUAGUAAAUAUUAAGAUAAGGACUUUGAUGUAAUUAACAGUGAUUUUGUCACGAUUCUUUAAACUUUGAAUUAUUUGAAUAUUAAAUUUAAAAACUUCCCUUGUUUUUUUUAAGAUGUACAUUUCUGUUUUAGAAAAACAAUAGUAGAAUCUCGAGUCAUUUCGUUAUGACGUCACAAAAAGAAUAUACAAAAGUGUGAUGUCAUA